CCCGCCCCUCUCCCUCCUCGCUCGGAUGACGCACGGCGUGUGGUCAGGCGGGUCAGCCGAUGUUAUCCGAGGGACCAGCAUCACCGCUGCAGCAGCAAACCCAGUAGCAGAAGUGAGCACACCCUCCCACGGACGGCGGACGAGCACGUCCGCGACGUCGUCAUGAAGCGCGCAAGGACGUGAGUAGGCCCAGGCCGCCUUGGGCGCACCUGUGGCGGAUGAUGGGCUGCGGGGGGAGCAGGGCGGAUGCGAUAAUCGAGCCCAGGUACCACGAGAGCUGGACUAGGGACACCGAGUCGACGUGGCUCACCAACACCGACGUGGAGGCCCCUCUGCCGGUUGCCACUACAGGUAAGGCGUUCGAGGCAGGUCUGCGUGAGAAGAGAAUGGUGACCACGGGCACCCAGUGCGGGAAGCAGACUCUCACCAACACCGCUAGCGUGGGCUGCAACCACCAUAGGAUACCCAGACGCUCCUUCAGUGAACAAGCCAGUCGCGAUUCUAAGCGCAAGACCUCCAAGCAGACCGGCGCUUUGAGCAAGGAUGGUCAGUCCAUCAGUGGCGGCAGCGGCGAUGACGACGAGCCUGUCAAAGUGUGUGACGAGACGUGAACGCCAACCGUAGCUCCCCCGCCGUCGAGAUGACAAUAGCCCAGAAAGCCACUUUCACUCGGGUCUCCAAAGGGCUUGGAAUGCUGCCAUCUUGUGUGCCCCCUUGCGAGGGGCAUGCCAAAGCAAAGCUGGCAGUCAGGGAGCGGAUCACUGUGCCACACCGCUGCAAUGGGCUUCACUUCUAUGUGCACGUGUUCCCCUAUUCAAAAGAAACCAGAAGUGCUGUCUUUUUUUUAAACAAUCUGCAAGAUGUAGAAAAGCACCCGCAUGUGCCUACACUUCAUCUGAACAAAUCCUUGUGCUCACAACUUGUGUGUGUGUGUAUGAGUGUUUUCUGCUUUUGUUGGUCAUUGGGACUGUUGUGUCUGUACAUGACAUGGGGGGGGGGGUAAACACAAAAUACUAAUUUGUGCAUACUAAACAUUAAUUUGUGCACACACAAUACCACAAAAAUAUAAGAAAGACUUAUUUAUGCGCACAGAAAACUACCAAAAUACCUAUUUGUGCGCUCGGAAAAGUACUUCUUGUGCACACAAAUGUAUAUUUAUUUCCAUGUCAUGUCUGGGGCUGUGCAGUCAUGUUUUGUGCAUGUCAAAAAAUGAAGGCAAAACCUGUUUGAGCCACCAAAACAAACUGGUGCCAUGUGCAGUGUAGCCACUAAACGGCGCUAGUGUUUUUCUUUGACAGGCAAAUUCAAUGGGCGCUUUUAGUUUAGCCAGACAUUUAAUAAAACGUAAAAAGAGGGGUAA